GUGGGUGGGUGACUUUAAGGCUCCCGAGAGCUGGAAGCGUGGCUCGGGAGGGUGAUGGCGAAGCAGGCCUCCGGGCCCAGCUGGCCUGUGCUGAGAAACGGAGCUGCUGCGUUUGUGCGUGUGUGAAUGGGAGCUUUUUUUUGGUGCGGGGCUGGUUGCUUUGCGUGGAGGGGGGUGGGGAAAGCCCGGGUGAAGGGAGGCCUUGAAAGGCACUGCAAUGACCUUUUGUAAAAGUUGCUCUGGUGGUGGUUGCGGCGUGGAACAUGGCCGGGCACGUGUGAAGGUUACACAUUGAGGCCCGCCGGGGGAGGGAAGAUACUACUAGAACUAUUUCCCCACCAGCAUAUCCUCCUACCUUUUUUUUAAAAUAAAACCUGGAAGAUUUCUUUUUACUCCCUCCGCCCAUAUAGCCUUCCCCCCCCCGCCAAACCGCAGGCACAUGGCAUGAGUGCAAAAUAAUCAGCUGACUGCCUGGCUUUCUCUUUCUCUUGCCUAGCUAAUGCUUUGAGUAGAUUCCAGAUUGUAUUGUUCUUAUUGUAGAAAUGUUGCAACUUAGCAACUUGGCGCUGGCUUAACUGUGCGCAUAAACAGCACGCUUUCAGUGGUGAAGGGGUGUAGUUUCUGGAUCUGAAGGUGAUUUAAACGAGAUGGGUUUAACCGGUUUUAUUAUUUGAAGAACUUAACACAUUGUGAUUAUUGCAAUAAUAUUGUUACUCGUUGUAACUAAACAAUAUAGCUUUGCACCUUCUAGUACUGUGUAACUCUAUUAGAAGGAAAAGUUUGUGAAUGGAAGUUGUAUGUAACAUAUGGCUGUUUUCAAACAGUGCAAAGUCAAAAUGGAGAAUGCCAUUUUCAAAUGCAAUUCCAAUCUUUCUUGUGAUAAGAUAAGCAGUUACUUAGAUUAAGAAAGCAUAAAAUGGUUUUUCAUGUUAAAUAUUUAUUUGGAGUCUUACUUGUAGAUCAGUUUUACACAUGCCUUGAAUCCAGUGGGACUUUCUUCAGUGGGACUUACUAACAAGUAAAUAUGUAUUAGAAGACAGCCUUAGGCACCCAUUAAAAUAAUGCAUAAUGAAACAGUGAAUGCCUUAAAUGCAUUUUCAGCAGAACCAUUGACUUCUGACAAAGGUGUGUGAUUAGAACCUAUUUAUAAAUCAUACAUUAUAUUUUUUUUAUUUCACCAACAGGCCUUUUAUUAUGAGUACUUAAAGGGUGGACUAAUGUGGCUGUUCUGUAGUACAUAUAAAGGUUAUUCAAUAUAGGUAAAAAGGGUUUGUUCCAGGGUGUACAAAAUGUCAGAAAACUUAGGGAUUCACAGCACAUUCCUAUAUAUGUAUAGUCAUCACAUUACUCCUCAGUAAGUACAUAAGGAAUCACAGGAGUGUGAAUAAUUGGAAUAAUCACAUCUAUUUAGAUGCAAACAUGAUUUGAAGGCUAGGGACUACCGGUAAUUAAGAAAACUUAACAUAGAAAUAAAUAAGCGGCUGCAGUAGUAGCCAUUCAGAGUAAUUUAUUACACCUGGAGUGCUAGAAUACUUUACCUUUCUUAAAAAAAAAAACAGAAAUGGAUAUAAGCAGACCAGGAGGAAGAGUCAGUUCCUGUUUUAAUUUCUUCUAUUGGGAAAAUGGUAUGGCUGUUUGUAAUGACUCAUCAUUUGUUAGCAAUUAAUUGAUUUUCCCAAGCUUGCAAGCUUAUCACUUUAUAAAGUAACUGAAAAUGCAUGCUUUUAAGGAUGCAAUCCUAUACACACUUAUCUGAGGGCGCUUACGUCUAAGUAAACUUACCUAGGACUGUGCUGUAAUGCAUACAAAGGUUAAACGUGCCUAUGGUGAGCCUUUCAUAUAUUUUUUUUAAAAAACCUUCAUUUAUAAUGAUGAACCUAGCCCCCACAACAAUGUUUGUGGUACAUUCUUACUGUUUUAGUCUGUUUCGUUCCAUAACUGUGGAAUGGUUAGUAGAUUGAACUUCAGCACAAUUGGAUGCCUCCCUUUAGUGCAGUGAAGCGUUUUCUCUUAACACGAGAGCCAUUUCUGAUCAUCAGUUUGCAACAGAGUUCAACUACAGUCGUACCUUGGAAGUUGAACGGAAUCUGUUCCGAAACCUGUUCCGGAAGUCCAUUCGACUUCCAAAACGUUCAGAAACCAAAGUGUGGCUUCUGCAGCCAAUCGGAAGUUGCAGAAGCCCAGUCGGACGUUUGGCUUCCAAAAAUAGUUUGCAAACCGGAACAGUCACUUCUGGGUUUGCGGCGUUCGGGAGCCAAAACGUUCGGGAACUAAGCUGUUCCAAAACCAAGGUACAACUGUGCAUGUUACCAACAUGCUAUAUUUGUGAUAGCUGUUUAACUUGUGUACCUUGUGCAAGAUCUAGCUCACGGGUGGGGAACCUUUUUGAUUUGGUGAACUAGAACUUUAUCUCCUCCCUCUCCACAGGCCUACUUUUGCAGGUGGGUGGACCCACUUGUCUAUCAUUAAUGUUAUGAGGUUGUCAGGCGAUUUGAUAAGUGUGCAUUCUUGCUCACCUCUCAAGGUUGCCCGGUGGGAUGUUAGGGGAGGGGUUUUUCUUGCAGGGAAUGUGUUGGUGAAACUGCACCCAGCUGUACUGUAGUCUGCUCAGCAGCUAUUGAGCAGAGUCCAGUUCUGCUCCAUGCCUGAGCAGGAUUUAGUCUCCCUUCUUUAGUUGAUGAUUGUGGAUUAAAUCCUACUGCUUUGGUUGUGUAUGCCAAUUCUCAGCAGGGGAAUUGAUGUGUGCAGCCAAUGCAGAAUUGAACCCUGAUUAUCAGCUGACUGAGAGGUGGAAGCAGGCUUGGGGAAAUGACCUUCUGGGCCAAAUUCGACCUGGUGGGCAAAGGUUGGUCUGUGAACUGGAUGUUUCCAAUUCCUGAUUGGCUAAUGACCAUAGUGUUCAUGGGUAAGUAAAAGAGUUCUAGGAGGACAUGCUAUUUUAAACAUACUUGCUUGCAAAUGAUACUUAAUUGCAGUGGAUCAUUCAAGAAUGCAAGCUUUGAAUUGGUUCUGAUAUUCCUGAUUUUUCUUAUUCAGCUAAUCUUCAUUUCUUUUUCCUUUAUCAGUACCUUAGCCUCUAUAUAAUGACACCUCAAAUCCAAAGAAUUGCCCAUGUUAUUUUAAAGAUGGUUUCAAUUUUCUUUACUUAUAGUAAAGUUUUGGCAUCUUGUUAUAACAUGGAGAUUGGACUGGGAAGUCAGUUUAGUGCUGAACACAGUGCUAAGAGGUCACUAUCUCUUUUUCUUUUCUGCCCCUGGCAGCUGUGCAACUUUCAAACUAGGUAAGCUUCAUUGGGGAAAGAGGCUGAGAGGGAAUUCUGUGUGGUCGUUUGGCAACCAUACAAGCAUCUCUUAAUGCUUCCUCUUAACCUGGAAGUGAUGGGGGAUGCUUCCAUAGUUGCUUAGCGACUGCAUGUUUCCCCUUCUACUGCCUUGUCUGUAUAAUGCGUACUAGCUCAGUUGGCAUGUAUGUGGCUGAAAAAAGUGCAGCUGUUACCACCAUUCCUUGCUUUAGUGUUGGCUAAGACUGGGAAGCAAAAAUCAUUCCCCCUUCAAUACUUCCACUGGGCUAGUAAUAAAUUGGAUUCGGCCUGUGUACUGUCAAUUAGCAGUUUUUGAUACUGCAGAGCUUGUCUGAGGCCCCAGGCAGGAGUCUUGUUAUAAUAAAGUUAUAAACUUAAACAACCCCCACUACCCCAUCCCAGCCCCCUGAGGCCUGGGACAAGUGUACCUGGCUGGGCCCCCCACUGCUACCAUAUUUGUUGCUUUCUCAUGUUUAUAUUUUGUAUCUCCUAAUCUGAUUCAUUAUACAUUAACAAGUUCUCAUUAUAUACAUAAUAAUGCAUCUCCUUAUCUUGGAUGAGUUUAGUAACGUAUAUAUUGAAAUACUCAAAGGUGGUGCUAUGGCAUAGCUAACCUUUAAGUACAGUAAAAUGUCCAUUUAGUAACUUACUUGCUGGAGAAAUAAUAGACCUAUGCUGAACAAAGGUAAAAAAAUCAAAGCAACAAUACUACUUUGUUCCUGUUAUCAUAGUUAUAAAGCCAAAAAUAUUAGACACUGGUGAAUGAAUGAUACCAACAUCAAAAUGUGCGAUGGUUUGAAUUUUUAGUGGAAACUGCAUGACACAUCAGACAUAACAGUUACAGUAAAAGAAGUGCAUGGUAUGCAGUCUUGGUAUUGAUUUUAUAUGGCACCCUUUUGAAUAUUAACUGCAUUGAAAAGUUAAGUCAGGCAUGUGCAUAACGCAAAGUGGGUGUGGAUGGGUGGGGAGUGGUAGGUAACAACUAGUGCAAAAGCUUCAUUUUGCCAGUGUUACUUUAGUGCUGCCUGUCUUGAUCUUGUUUGGCAGAACUCUAAUGAUCUGUUCAGGGAUGGACUGUGGAUUGCAGGUGUUUAGCAUAUUUGUUACUAAACUCUCUGGGUUGGAUCCAGAGAAAAGCAUGCAGAAAGGGGAUUUCAGAAGCUGAACUCUGCUCCCCCAGAACUCCUCUGCUGAGUCCAAGGCUCUGUGUGUGUGGCUGAGGCGAUCUCUGAAACUUGGGCCAUGACUAGGCAGGGCACAAGCCUGCUAAGCCUUGUGGUCUGGUGCAUGGAUGCUAAUCCUGUCUUCCAUGUAACAAGGCUAGAUCUGGUCACUUCACAAAACAAUAUUUCAUGUCCAGCUGUUACAAUGCUAAUAAUAUGCCUAAAGGGCAUGGGGAAAGUUGCAUUUGUAUGUGGUUUAAUCAUAGAAUUGUAGAGUUGGAAGGGACCGUGAGCUUCAUCUAGUCCAACCACCUGCAGUGAUGUAAAGGGGGAGGAAAUUAUUGAAAUUUGUUAGUUAAGCAGAGCUGCUUCAGAGCUGUUACUGAAAAGUUUUUACUGAAUGAUAUCCUUGUAUAACAAGUUUUGUUGCUUCAACACUGUUUGACACUGGCACACGCAGGAUUUUGCUGUUUGCUUUUACUGUUUUUGCUCAAUCAUGCUUUGGCAACAAGCAGUAGAAAUAAGUGGUAACAUAUUGGAUUUCAGCCUGAGCUAAGUCCUCGUGUAUGAAAUUUAGACAUUUAACGGAAGCAGGAAGUUGGUGCAGCAAGACUUCAUUCCUCCAAACCGUAGUUUGAAUUUGCUCUCUGAGGAUUAUCGGUGCUUAGAAAUGACUUUUAAUUGGCCUUGCAAACGGCUUUGAUGCAAGCCCUCGAAAGGCACAAUUAUUAGAUUGUCAUUCCAGUUAUAAGAAGUUUGGGAGGAUCUCUAGAAUAACUUUGCAGGGUAUGGUAUUAAAGCCACUCCUUGAUGCUAGAGAGACUCCAGAAGGCUAGACUCUGGAAUUCAACUUCCUUGUUCUCUGGCCUGUGCUUCUCUGUGGCAAGAUGCAGGUAACAUCGAAAGGUGCCAGCUUAAAUCCUAAUGCAAAAGUAUGGCAGGAAAGCAUGCAAGGAAACUCUGAAUCUGCACCGGCAACUAAUGGCACUGAGCAAUCAUGGCAAGAAACAGCAGCUGUGCUGGGAAACAGUACAGAGGGUAAUGCUGAGGUUGCAGAUGAUGGUGCUAAGCGGUAUGAAACAAUGUAUUCAUCUUGUGAAGCGUCAAAUAGCUCAGGUGUUGAGGAAUCCGCGGCUAAUGGAAUGGUCUUGACACAUGAAGAACUUGGAUACCAACUCUAUGAUGUUUCUGAUGAAGGCAGCCCUGUCAUUUCUCCGGAAGACUUGAAAGAGUGUUUGAAGAAACAAUUGGAGUUCUGUUUCUCACGUGAGAAUCUAUCCAAGGAUCUUUACUUGAUGUCUCAAAUGGACAGUGAUCAAUUUAUUCCAAUAUGGACAAUCGCCAACAUGGAAGGAAUUAAGAAACUGACAACUAAUAUGGAUCUAAUUGUGGAAGUACUAAGAUCUACUCCUAUAGUCCAAGUGGAUGAACGAGGAGAGAAAGUUAGGCCAAACCACAAACGAUGCAUUAUUAUUCUCCGUGAGAUUCCUGAAACAACACCUGUAGAGGAGGUAAAGGCACUGUUUAAAAAUGAAAGCUGCCCCAAAGUGAUAAGUUGUGAAUUUGCUCAUAAUAACAACUGGUACGUUACAUUCCAGUCGGACACUGAUGCACAGCAGGCAUUUAAAUAUUUACGGGAAGAAGUUAAAACCUUUCAGGGCAAGCCAAUAAUGGCCAGGAUAAAAGCCAUCAACACAUUUUUUGCCAAGAAUGGUUACCGGGUAGUGGAUUCCAGUGUGUAUGUUCAGCCUGUUCAAACACAAGCACAGUUUGCCUCACCACUGUUUAUGCAGCCUGUAUAUAGUCCUCAGCAGUACUCCAUCUACAGUAUUGUGCCUCAGACAUGGUCUCCAAACCCUGCACCUUAUUUUGAAACACCACUGGCUCCAUUUCCUAACGGUGGCUUUGUAAAUGGCUUCAAUUCACCAGGAUCGUACAAGACAAAUGCUGCUGGAUUAAGUAUAGCUCGCCCAUUCCAUAGAAACCGCGUGAAGCCUCAUUUCCGAUUGUCAAGUAGUUCUGAACAUUCUGCUGAAGUAACAUCCGCAGUCAGUGCUGUGUCUGUAGGAGAUGGACAACUGCACAGAGCCAGCUCGAGGAAUUUUCAAACAGAACGGCAAGCAAACACAUUGUCAGGACACCAAGAUCAAAGCUAUUCACCGAAGGAUUCUUCUGUUACACAGAUAGAGCAAAAUGGUGAUUAUGGCAUGAGCAGAGGCAGGAGAAACAUUUUCAGAGGUCGGAGAAGACGGGAAGAUGACAGACUUUUGCGGCCUCAGCCUUCAGCUGAAACUAAGACUUUGACACCAAAGUUUGACUUGCUAGCCUCGAAUUUCCCUCCAUUGCCUGGCAGCAUGAUAAAAACACAAGGGGACCCAGUCUUGGAGAGUAGGAUGUCGGACGUUGUUAAAGGAAUAAGCAAAGAAAAGGAAAACAAAGAGUUGCCAGUCAAUUGUAUAGCAUCUACUCAGGAAGAGCAGGGCCAGAGUACUGUUCAGCCUGUUGUGAGUGCCAGUUCUCCCUGUGAGAUUGAUGUUCCUGGAUUAAGUGCCACUCAGCCAGAUAAGCUGGAAGAGGUCCAAGCGCAGAAAGAGGUUGCAAGCCAGACUUCGCCACCUUCACCUGUGUGCCCCCUCAGUACUGUAAAAUCACCUAGGACAAACGCCACUUCAUCUACAACCAGUACGAACACGAUGCCUACUGGGACAGUACAGCAACCCCGGAAGCUCAGCUAUGCUGAAGUCUGCCAGAAACCCCCAAAAGAGAUGGCUCCAGUUCCUGUUCAGCCGCUUAGGGAGCUGCGUACCAAUGUAACCUCUCCUGCCAAAACAGAAGAAAAUGGCACCCAUGAAAGAGCUGGAGAGAAGGCGUGUGAAAAACCUGAAGGACGGGUUAAGGACUUUGCUGUCUUCAGGGGCAACGGGCCUCCCAGGGGAGCCGCAGGAAAAAUCAGGGAACAGAGGCGCCAAUGUGGACGUAGGUCUUCUCCUCAGGGAGCGCCUCGGCGUGUUGGCAAGGAGCAGUAUGUGCCACCACGAUCACCAAAGGAAAAUUGAUCAAACUUUUUAUUUAAUCAUAACUAUGGACUAAUGAGCAGUAGAGGAGAAACUGGCCAGCUGUGAGAAAUACAAAUGUGGGGAAAGCGGACACUGAAUUCAAGAGCACAGAGUUUGCGGUGUGAGAGUGCUUGAGGAGGUCCCAAUAUUCAUCUCAAAGUGAUAUAUAAAAUGCUGGAGGAAUUGAAUCAAUAUAAAUAUGAUAAAAGAUUAUAAUUUUUGUAACUUUUUUUGUUUUAAUUUGCAGCGGGUUUCCUGCCUGAAGGUAGACUCUUGGGUUAUGAGUUAGUUUGUUGAAAAUGAGGAACAAAUACAUACACAUGAUAGCGUGUUCCUCACCUGGAGAAAGAAGAGGCAAAAUAUUUUUUUUCCUUAUUUGAAAAAAGCAUUUCUGUAAAAGUUAUAAAUUACUUUUUAAAUCUAUUUAAUGUACGGCUUGUAGGAUGAUGUGUAUGCCAUUAAUGGCCUUGCAUUACAAAUCAGCCCCAAAACUGACAUGCUUGGUCAGUAUGAAUGAGUGUAGCCACAUACUUGUUAUGUCAUGAUUUAGUCACUGCUGAUAACUGAAUGUACUACUGUAGUAUUUUGUGUUUUGGAAAUGUAGUAUUUGAACUUACUAAUUUUGGUCAGUUUUUAAAACUCUGUUUUACUUUGGAUUAUACAAACAGCAAGAUUAGUAAAUGAAUAGUGGGCAAGGUUUUAAUUUGUACUUGCUUUUCCUCUAAUUAGGGAUUGCAUUAUUUUUAUUUCCCCCCACUGCGUUAGUAUUUUCUCUAAAUCUUUAUUACAGAAUUAUGCACAUCUAGCUGGAAUGGUUGUUCCAGUACUGAUGCAGGACUACCGGUAAUACAGAAAAAGUGCACAGCAAACCUUUUCUUGGUAUCACAUUUAAUGACCUUGGAUUUUCAUCUCUUCCGUAUGCUUAAUUGUGAGAAGUGAGGCAAGUCAGUUUGAAGUUUGCCCUUGCAUGGCAAGGCCUCUAGAGUAACUUGCAUUGAUAGAUACUGUAUAUUGAAAAAGCUCUUUCUACCGAAAAAAGCACUUCAUACUAUACUGGAAAUCAGGUUGUGUAUAGGGCAGACUUUUAAAACAGCAAGUUUGGUAACUAGGUUCCCUCGGUUUUUUUAGAGGUGAUAGCCAUGGAAACUUCCAAGUUAGUCUGGAGAACAUUGGAGAGGAUUUUUACAUAGCUUUAUGUUAAUUAGAUGAACAACAUUGUGUAAUGAGCAGUCAGGGUUAUAAGCUGGUAACUGUAGUAAGUCAUAAAAGGAAUAGGAAAGCUACAACAAGUUAAAUCUGCCAAAAUCUGCAUGCUAGAGUUCAAGGUUCUGUAUUAAAGUGUUAGGGGAAAGUAUCUUGCAACAACAAAGUGUACCUUUCUUUAGUUAAUAGCAAGUAUAACAAAUCUAAAGUUGUUAGUUGUGAACACUGGAAAAUGCAGUUGCGAGAUACCACCACAUCCUAGUUUAUAUAUGCUAGUGAUAACUUUAAAAUGUCAGUGGCAGAUAAAUAAUUUAACUGUGAAAAUGUUCAUCUUCUGAUUUUCUUAGCCAGAUAACCCUUGGCAAUUUUUACUCAGUAGGCAUUCUCUAUCAAUGGCUUUGAGAACACUCAUAUCUAUUUUUAUAAGUAUAUAAAUAUAUAUAUAAAGUUAGAUUUGUCAUUUCUCUAACUUAUUAUUCAGCUUGGCAAUCACUUUUUUAUUUGAUUGAGAAGUGUAUAUGUACUUACAUAGUUGAUAUUCUUUUUUCUAUGCAUGUUAUUAAUCAUUACUCAUUUUAAAGUACAUGUGCUGGGUUUGGCAGUCUUUAAAUUUACACAAAUCAUUGAUCACAUCUGUUAACACAAAAACUCAUUUUGGUUUACUCAUAAUGCUAUUUUUGUAUGGACAUAACCCACAAAAGGUGAAAAAUAUUUAAAAGUGUUAAGAACGCUGCAAAAUGUAUGGAAGGGUACUUAAAAAAUGCUUUUUUAAGAUCAUAAAUCUAAUUACUGCACUUGGAAUGGAAAAAAAGGUUGAACUGCUACAGUUAUCCUUAGGGUAGACACGUAUUGUGACAUUGCAAACUAAAGAUGUAUUUGAAUUUAUAAGAGCCGACAAGAGUUCGGGGGGUGGGGGGAGAGGGAGAGGGAGAGUUGUCAUUCAGAGAGAAUGCAGUUGUUUGGAAAGGGGCUAGUCAAAAUAAUUACCUGGAAAUGCGAGUGUGUGAAACCUAACCCUGCGUUAUGUAUCCACGUAUGGGUAGAUUCUUUGUUCAAAAGCAGAUCAACUUGAAAGUGUAGCUCUUUGCUUUAUUGGAUGUUAAAACAAAUAGAACUCACAAUUGCUUUCUUGUGAGUUAAAAAUCUUGACCUAUGGAAGGGAUGUGUUAUACACCCUGAAUGUGUGUGUCUGUGUGUGUGUGGGUUAUGGCUCUUGUGCAAUGUAUGUGUUAAGUGUGUAAAAACAGCUUUUUCCAGUGUAAAGUUGCUACUCUUGAGGACUCAAUAUUUGGUAACUUAUCAACUCAAUUAACAUAGCCUCCCCCCCUCAAAUCUAUUAUAAACUUUUAGGUUUAGAGGAAAUAAUGAAGUAAAUGCAACUGUUAAAAAGAGAGCGAACAGUGUGUGCUGUUAACUUUUCUUGCAGUUAUUGCAUGAUUAGAAUCUUAUCUGGGCUCACUAUUGCUCUUGUUUUUUCUCAGACAGUGUCUUGAGUCUCCAUCCAUCAGUCUUCUCAUAUUACUCUGGAAACGAGAAAUAACAUCUUUAGAACUAGAUUCACUGCUGGCAAUUCUGCUAUUUUAUUGUAAGAACGUUGAAUGUGGCAAUGCUUGUUUUCUGCAUAGUUUUGCAUUAAAAUGUUAAUGGACGAAGCAUUCUUAUAGUUACUGGGAAAUUGAGGCAGUGAACAACAACAUGUAAACCCUUGUCCUUUGUAUAAUAAAAAUUCUGGGUGAAUGUAAUAUAUACUGGCAUAGCCUGUACUGGUAAAAUUAACCAAAACAAGCAUUUUCAUUGUAAAUACUGGAACAGUGGAGAUGAAGCUGAUGUUUGCAUUUCAUCCAUAAAACAUCAGUGUCAAAGCUGUCAACCUAAAUGCCAUUACUUUUCUCCUUAACAGGUCAAUAGUGGACAGGCAUGCCUGUUGAGUCUUAUCAGUUAAUAAUAAUAAUUCAUUAUAAUGGCAAACAGCUUUCAGUUUCCUCAGCUCUCAUUUGUUGGUGAUUUUAUGAGUGUUCUGAGUUUUCCUCCUUUCAUGUUUUUAGGAUUGGUAAGUAACUCUGGGUUCUAUUGUUGUGCUUAAGUUCUGGAAGGGAAAAAAGGAGGAGAUACUCCGUUGGCAUGGAACCUAUUCUUGCUUUCUUUUCUUUUUUCAAUUUAGCUUGGCAGAAAGUGUGAUGCAGAUUUAGCAGUAGGUUAAACUAAACCCAUCUUACUGACCAGAAGAAAACUUAAAAAUGAAACUGGGGCAGAUCAGUAGCAAUUAAGUGACUUAAGCAAUGCUUUUAUUGUAGUAAAAUAGCUAUGGCCUUACUAUUUCAUCAAUAUCGGCUAAAUGUCUGAAUAUGUUCACUCUUUUUACUGUUACCCAAGUGAAUAUUCACAUGAGGAAAAAAAAAACACCUGCUACACGUGUAGAGAUUUCGAAUUUGUAAAAUGCAGCAUUAUAUACAGACAAAAUGCAACAGAAAUGCACUUCGGGUUGGGGGGCGCUUAAACUUUUGUAAAUUGUGAUUACAACAAAUAUGCAAUAGGUUUUUUUCUUUAACUUUUGAUAUUUCCUUCUGAAACAUAAGAUUGUUACCAUUAAUCUUUAAUGGCCUAUCAUGCUCUUAUGUGUGUGUGUAUGUGUGCGUGUGUGUGUUUGAGAGAGAGCAGAUAUUCUUUGUGUGGGUUUCCUUUAGGAUGGUACAUUUCAUUUUAAAAAACCAUUCUUUGGAUGAAAGUUAGCUGGGUCUCCAGCCCUGGAAUCUGGAAGACAUCUGAUGAGUGUAUCAAUGUAGGUUUCAGAGGAUAUUAAAUGGAAACUAAUCGGUCUUCAAAGUAACCUGUAACAGCUUCAAGAAUUUUAUAUUUAAUAGCUGGAGGGUGUGUGUUUUCUACAGAAGAUUGUCAUGGAUAAAAUCCCCCCUCAAAUAUAUUUCUGAUGUAACUGGCUACUGCACAAAUGGUUUCAGUUCUUCAGUCAAAACCACUCAGUUAUGUCUCUCCCGGAAAAGUUUGGUUUCUGAUAUUUAUAUUCUCACUUUUCUGUGAGACUUCUGUUGAAAAAAAGUAGUAGUAAUUAUCUGGAUUCUCUACUUUGUCAGUUUGGUUUAUUCCUGUUGUCAAAGCUGUCUAAAACAAAAAUGUGUAAAGUAGGUUCAUGCUUAAUUGUUAAAAUUAUACAUGUAUUUGUAUUUGUUUUUGACAUUGCCAAGGUGCUAUGGGAAACUGAAAUAACCGUUAGAAGGAAAUAAUAAAAUCCACCUUAAAAAGACA